AUGAAUGAUGAAGGGACUGCUUGCGAGCGGUUAGCCGCCAACGCUCGGCGCUUCGCAGCCUUCACAGGCCUCAUCGAGGUAGACUCUUUGGACAGAUUCUUCAUCAUAUGGCACGGGAGACGAAUCCACCUUAUUGAUACGCCAGGCUUCAACGAUCCAAAUCGCUCAGACGUGGAGACCCUCAAAGUCCUCUCUUCGUACCUCGGCGCCUCGUACGCUAACGAAGUACGUAUCAACGGCAUCUUGAUGUUACAGCCUAAUGAUAGAGACAAUUUGGAGCCCAUCAGCCGCCAUAACAUCAACAAAGUGAAGGCCAUCUGCGGAUUCGCAGGGUAUCGGAAUUUUUGUAUUGUAACGACAAUGUGGCCCCGCGAGUCGGAUCUAAAAGACAAUAGACAAACCUGGAACCAAUGUGCCUUCUUAAGGAACAGAGAGAUGGGGAUGCUCCGCGCGUAUUAUGGUGAUUUACAACAGAGUGAAGCAUUUUCACGCCGCUUCAAUGAAACUGGGACUUGGAAUCAGUAUGAGCAGAAGGCUCAUGCACAGCACAUUAUGUCACAGUUAAUUGGGCUUUCUGAUGGGUACAAGCCGGAGGCUUUACAGUUUCCGCGUGAGUUUUUCCAGGAAAGAAAGAUCCUCGCUAAGUCUUCUGUUGGGACCCAGGUGGGGAUACAGUUGUAUAAAGCUAGGAAGGCGUAUGAGGAGCAACUGGCUGAGGUUACUGCUCAGAUGGAGAAAGCAGCUGAGAAUGAAGAUGCGGAGAAUCUGGCUGAGUUGACAGAAGUCAAGGAUGAGAUUGAAGAAUGUUUGAGUGAGGGGCAUCAGGACCAGGCGAUCUUGAAGGGUACCUUUGAGGAUUUUCAUGGGGACGAGCAGCAGGAAUGGAAGGAGAAAAUGGAUGUUCUUGAAAUAUAUUUUCGAGAAGAGAUUGAUCGCAAGGAUACUGAGUUAUUGGCGCUCGAAGAUUUGGUUCGUAGCAUGCACAAGGAAGCUGAGCGGAACCAUCGAUUAGAUAGACAGAAGAGGGAAAAGGCCAUGGCUGAAGCGGAAGACUACCAGGACGCGAUUUAG